CUCCUCCGGUUUAUUAUCACCUCCGAUGGUUAGAAUAAACCAGCAGCAUGUACACUGCACGGAAGAGAAGAAAGCCGGCGCAGAAAGGAGUCAAGCCGACCCCAGCCGAAGGCUCCAAGUCCAACCCGUCCAAACGCCACCGCGACCGCCUGAACUCGGAGCUGGACCGCCUCGCCAGCAUGCUGCCCUUCCCCGAAGACGUCAUCUCCAGCCUGGACAAGCUGUCCAUCCUGAGGCUCAGCGUCAGCUUCCUCCGCACCAAGAGCUUCUUCUCAGUGACGCUGAAGAACCAGCUGACCAACGGCGUGAAGAAGAGCAGCGACCACAGUGAUGGCAGCAGAGCGUCUGUGGACGGACACGUACCUGAGGGGGAGCUGCUGCUGCAGGCCCUGAAUGGCUUCGUCCUGGUGGUGACGGCUGAAGGAGUCGUCUUCUUCUGCUCUCACACCAUCCAGGAUUACCUCGGCUUCCAUCAGACCGACGUGAUGCACCAGAGUGUGUUUGAGCUGAUCCACACUGAAGACCAGCAGGAGUUCAGGAGCAACCUGCACUGGGCCCUCAACCCCCCAGCCGGACCCGCCCCCCCUACAGAUCCCUCAACAGAUGGCGAGUCGGAGUCGAGCUCUUCCUGCCUGGUGAGCUACGACCCCGAGCAGCUCCCCCCGGAGAACUCCUCCUUCCUGGAGCGAGGCUUCGUCUGCCGCUUCCGCUGUUUGUUGGACAACUCCUCCGGCUUCCUGGCGUUGAACAUCCAGGGUCGUCUCAAGUUCCUCCACGGUCAGAGCCGCCAGCGGAGCGACAGCGAGGGGAGCGCCCCGCCUCAGCUCGCCCUGUUCGCCAUCGCCACUCCCCUCCAGUCUCCCGCCAUCCUGGAGAUCAGGACCAGGAACAUGAUCUUCAGGACCAAACACAAGCUGGACUUCACGCCCAUGGCCUGCGACGCAAAGGGUAAAAUAGUUCUGGGCUACACGGAGGCGGAGCUCAGAGUUCGAGGCUCGGGCUACCAGUUCAUUCACGCCGCCGACAUGCUGUACUGCGCCGAAAACCACGUCCGAAUGAUGAAGACGGGAGAGAGCGGCCUCACCGUCUUCAGGCUGCUCACCAAGGAGAACCGGUGGACGUGGGUCCAGGCCAACGCCAGGCUCGUCUACAAGAACGGAAAGCCCGACUACAUCAUCGCCACCCAGAGGCCGUUGGUGGAUGAGGAAGGAGGGGAACACCUGAGGAAGAGAUCGAUGCACCUGCCCUUCACCUUCGCCACCGGAGAGGCCACGCUCUACCAGACCGGUUACCCGCUGCACGGCUUCCCCGAUUCAUUCCAGGGGAAAGCCAGAGGCAGCAAGUCCAAGAAAGGCAAACUCGACCAGAGCUGUUCCGAUGAUCUGGACCCAAAGUCCCUGCUGGGAGCGCUGAUGAGCCAGGACGAGUCCGUGUACGUCUGCCAGCCGGACACGGAGCCCAAGGUGUCGUACCACAGCAGCCUCUUCAGCGAGCAGCAAGGCGACCGGGAUGCUUUUGGUGGAUUGUUAAGCGGCGACAGCUGGCACAUGGCGUCUAACGGGGAGACGGGGAGAUGUAACAGCAAAACACCCAGCUAUGACCCGCUGCUGGCCACUCUGGACUCCCUGUCCCUGGACGGAGAGGAGCCGUGCUCCAACAGCGAGCUCUUCAGCGCCCUGGAGAACCUGGGCCUGAACGCCGAAGACCUGGAGCUGCUGCUGCUGGACGAGAGGAUGAUCCAGGUGGAGCUGGGCCAGAACCACGUCCCAACACUCGGCGACCUUCUCACCAACAACGAAAUCCUCUCCUACAUCCACGACUCUCUGGAGGGUGAGACAGAGGGGGAGGGACAGGGAGACGGAGGUGGAUUUGGACCUUCAGUCCAAAGUGUCCCCCAGCAGCCUCAGGCGUGUCUCACCCCCGCUGUCCCUCCCGCUCCUCCCAUCACCCAGCUGUCCCUACAGAUGCAGCAGCACAUCAGUGCAGGAAUGAAAGCUCACCCGGGGCGGACUGAGUCUGUCUCCCAGUCCGGGACAGUGGACGCCAAGACUUUAACUGGGGUUCCUCACGCUCGCUGGGUGGUAACGACAGAGGGCCACCAUCACCAGCAUGCUGUGCUCAGAGCCUCACAGCUGAACGGGGAACACAAACCUCAGUGGCAGCUUCAGCAGGACCAGCACUCGGUCCAGCUCCAGUCCCACCAGCAGGCUUUGUUUCCCCACUUCCAGAAUCAGCUCCCAACAAACGGAUCUUACAUCCCAAACGGACACACGGCCUUUCCUCAGAGCGUGGAGGUCGGCCACGCGGGUUACAGCCUCUCGGGUGGCUCAGCAUUGAACGGCGUGACCACACCGGACAUCCGGCACUACCAACAACAGCAGCUUCCACCAUCUUGUUUGGCCCAGUGUCCCACCCAGAGCUCUGCACUGGAGCUGGAGCACUUACUGGGUCUGUCCCAGCCUCAGCACAGCACGUUCAACACGCCAACACUCGACUCCACGCACGGCAAGCUGGAGAACGGUUGUCUCCUCAGUGCCGCCAACGCGGCGUACAUCCGGACCCGUCUGAUGCCCAACGGGACCGGAGCAGCGACCGGCGACCUCCCAGACGGGAUAACCGCCCUGCAGGACCCCCAGAAGUCUGGAUUUUUCCUCUGAAAGGAGAACAGAAGAGAAGAGAAGGUACGGAAGGAUAAAAGAGAUAUUCAAUAUGAACACAUCUUUUUUUGUUAAACAAGGGAAGAAGAAGAACGGACUUUAUAUCAGGUUUGUUUUUGGCGUCUCCCUGACGAGGAGAGACGUUUGUGUAUCCGUCACACUGCGUCUUAUAACUAUGUUUGUCGUGCGCUCACUGGGAGUUUAAUUUUCCUGUUCUUUCUGAUGAAACACUGUUAAAGUCCUGAAGAGAAGAGAGACACUUUACUUUAUGUCUGUAUACUCCAUUAUACAAAUCUCUACAAAUAUGAAUUCCAGCCCAGUCCAUUAGUUUCAGCUUUAAAAGGUUGUGGUAUCAUAGAACAUAAUAGAAAGCAGAGUUUCUAUUCAUAUAACCGAGGAUUUCCUCCUUCACAAGCAAACCGUACGCUUUGAGAUUCCUUCUUCUCUACAUUAGUCUCAGAACAAGCUGCUUUCACCGGCUGCUAAUCUGCCUGUUUCUCCUCAUCAUGUGGGAACGUUUCCUACAAACAGCCGUGAGAUUUGGAGCAAACUCACCAACAGAUAACCGUCGGUGUUGGAUGGUAGAUGUAGACGACCUCUAGGGUCAGUAGAGGUCGUUGGUCCUGAUGCUUUUCCACAACAAAAACACAGCAUUUCAUUCCUAUUGUUGAUAUUUUUGAGAUGAGAUUCAAACAGAAGGUGAAAGGUUUUAUUUGUUGCUGCUGCCACAGAAAAUACACACGUUUGUACUGAUGCUGCAUUUUAGCCUGUUUGAGGUUUACAGCGAUGUUGUGCACUUACUUAUUAUUACAGACGUGAUCAGAAAGGAUCUGAUUUGUCCGUCAGUGGCACUGAAAUCAAACGUAAAUAAGCAUUUUUAGUUUCCCGACCGGAGACGGUGUGAAACUCUCCCGUGAAUGCCUUGUCUGGCGGCCUCGGCCGGUCCGACUCCCGCUUACUUCAUCCUGCAGUCGUUACAUGCACACAGCCAUCCAUGAAGGAGCCAUCUGUAAAUAAUAGAUUACAGCUGAAGGCCAGAGAGGAAGAGCGUGGAAGUACUUGUGUUUUUUGUUUUGAUCACAAAUGAUUGAGAGAAUAUAUGCACUUAAAUGUAGGAAGCAGGGUAUUUUUUAUUUUCAUCUCUGGCCGUUAUGUUGAUGUGUGUAAACUAAUUUAAAGAAGCAAACCAAACCAUGUUACUUAACAAACACAAGCUCUCAUAGAAAGUUGUUUCAAUGGUAGCAUCUAAAGGGUCUCUGCUGCCUACGCUGAGACUUUACUACAGCCGUCUUUAAGACACUUUUCUUUUUGUUUGAAUGUUACAAAAGUCAAACAAACUUGUCACCAGACUUCCUCUGAAAAUGAUAACAAAACUUGAUUUCCUGCUGAGGAUUCAUAACCUGGACUCCCGUGUCCAUCAGUGGGACAUAAGAGUCUAUGCUGCGUUCAGGUCAUGUCAGAUUAAAGGGACAGUUCGGUUGUUUGAAGUGAGGUUUUAGAUUAUCAGUUUAUGUAUAUACGAUAUUUAGACAGCCCUGUCUGACGGGGAACUGAAGUUAUCUAUGCUUUUGUCAUGUAAUGUGUGACUUUGGUGAUUCCGAACCAACCCUUUAAAGCACAAAAGUCACAAAGUAACACAAACUAACUAAUCGAUGGAGGCAGAAGACCAGCAACAUAGAAUUACUGUUUUUGUGAAUGAAGUCUGGUGGCUUUAAAGGUGUGCUAUCUACUGUACUGUGGAGAAGUAGCUUAUAAAAAACACAUUUAAAAGACCUGAAAGGUAAAAAGCUUGACAACAGAAUUUAGCAUUUAGCACCGACUCAGAAACCAAAUGAGAAACAUGUGAACACACGUGUGUCUGCAGUUGUUGAAUGUCUUGUGAAAACUGUAACAUGAAGCUUUUAUUUCACUACAAUAAGUUGCUUAAUUGCGGUUUGUUGAUUUCGGCAGCGUUAGCUGAUGACAAACGUCACAACGACGAAAUGCAUUUAAAGAUUUGCCUCUUUUUGUUCUGUUUUUGCUAUUUUUUUGUAAACCGACUUUUCUUAUAAAACAGAAUAUUUAAAACCAGUUGUGAGAUCAAAUGCUGUGAGAAAGAUUAUAAGGUGACAAUCAUUUACGCUUUAAAAACAAACAAAAAAAGGUUGUGUGUAUAUAUAUAUAUAUAUAUAACUGUGUUUUUUUAUUGGUGCAAGCACUACUUUUAAAUCACUUACAAACUUUCUCCAGCACUGAAAGUAGUCUUGUAGAAAAAAGAGCAUUUUAUGACUCCAUGUUGUAUGAAUAUUGUCCCCAAGAGUCCUGUGUGUUUUCUCUUCCUGUCAUGUUUGUCACUUUAGCUCCAAACAAAAGCAGUGCCAUAAGUCCAUCCUUCAGUACAUUUCAAAACACUGGAUCUACAUUUUUCUUUUCUUUAAAUCCACUUUGACUGUUUUAUAUUUUCAUGUCUUAUUUUGUCGAGUCAAACUUUGGAACCAAACUGUCCGUAAGCUGUUUUGGGUUUUUUUAAAAGCACACAGACUUUAUUUAGCUACUUUUAUCACUGAAGGUCGUAGCUGUAUGUAAACAAACCUUUUUAAAAAUGCAGUCUGUCUU